CUGGCUCCGUCGACGACAGUGCGUCCUCUUCCGUCCUGGUCUAGUUUGAUUCGUCAUGAAGGGCAACCUCUGCUAUAUGAUCUGGGUGUGUGUGUGCUGCGUCACACCUGCGUCCUCCUGGCACGAUCUUGACAACAGCGAGUACGACUGCUGGCCUCUGGAGCGCCCCAACGACUCCAACAUGAUCAGUUGCGGAGGUCUGGAGAUGGCGUGGGUCCUGCGGCCUCCUGAAACGGUGAAGAGCGGCGAAGUGUUCAGCGUCGUCUACUCGGUCUCCGUCCAUGACUCAUUUUACAGCUGGGCCGUGGACAACCGCAUCUUCCCUCACAGUUCUAUAGUGGACGCGCAAGACGCUCGGAGGUUCUGUGAGCAUCACGAGUGUCCCGCCAACUGGAAAGACGCCGACGGUGAAAACUGCUGCAUUCAUCACGCCAACAUCCACUCCUGUCCGCUGGCAUACAUGACUUCAGAGAGCAUUUGCGGUCCGUGGAUUCCUGACGACGGAAAGAUCUUCACACACACCAUCUCCACUUCGGGCAAGAUGACGCAGACCAACUGGAGUGCCAAGGUGGUUCUCCUCCACGUGGGCUUGACGUCACUCAUCGCUCACAUCAGAGUGGGCCGCAUGCAGGUGGCGCUGGAGGCCAAGAGUACCGUGCUACCCUCCGCAGUCUGCGGCGACGGAGAGUGCCAGGAGGCAGAGAUUUGCUCCACCUGUCCGGCCGAUUGCGGCGAAUGCCCCAUGACCCCGUCCACCAAACUGGCCAUCGGGCUGCCGCUGAGCCUGCUGUGCCUCUGCUUCGUCCUGACCGCCAUGUGGCUGAGGUACCAGAAGCAGAAGCUGCUGUGGGAUGAGAGCUGGAUCAUCGAUUUUGACCUCAUCAAGCAAGAUCAGCACGCGCGCGUGACCAUGGGCAGUUUGAUGAGUGUGGCCGCGGCCCACAGCGACAGCAACACCAGCUGCGUGACGGCGUUUACUUCCUGCGGGGGACAAGCAGGAAGCAAGAAGACGACCUUCACCUGCACGGGGAUCUAUGACGGCAGGACGGUGGCCAUCAAGAAAAUUCCCAGCAAGUCUUUCUCUCUGUCCAAGAGCAUCAGACAGGAAGUCAAGCAAGUUAGGGAGUUGGACCACCCCAAUCUGUGCAAGUUCGUCGGCGGCUGCGUCCAAGUGCCGGGUGUCGCCAUAGUGACCGAGUACUGUCCCAAGGGGAGCCUCAACGACGUCCUUCUCAACGAAGAGAUCCCACUCAACUGGGGCUUCAGGUUUUCCUUCGCCACGGACAUCGCCCGAGGGAUGGCGUACCUACACCAGCAUCGCAUCUGUCAUGGCCGCCUCAAGUCUCUCAACUGUGUGCUGGACGACCGCUGGGUGUGCAAGAUCACUGAUUACGGGCUCCGGGUGUAUCGCCGCGGGGAAGGGGCGGAGCCUCUCUCCACCUAUCAGCAGAGAGUCCAGGAAGUGUACAUGGCUCCCGAGUUUCAAAACGGCGACGUGGAGCCGACGCUGGCUGGAGACGUCUUCAGUUUUUCUAUAAUCCUGUUGGAGAUCGCCACACGCAGUGACCCCGUACCCGUGGACGAGUCCAGUCUGGAAUGUUCUUGCUGUCCGCCCCUGCCCGAGCUCAUCUCCAGCAAAGCCGACAACACCUGCCCGUGCCCUGCCGACUACGUGGAGCUCAUCCGCCGAUGCGGCGCUCACAAUCCCGCCCAGCGACCCACUUUCGAACAAAUCCGGAAGUUUGUCUACCGCAUCAACCCCGUCAAAGUCAGCCCGGUGGACAUGAUGAUGAAUCUGAUGGAGAAAUACAGCAAACAUCUGGAAGUCCUGGUGGCCGAACGAACUCAAGAUCUGAUGCAUGAGAAGCAGAAGACUGACAGACUACUCUACAGCAUGCUUCCUCGCCAGGUGGCUGACGACCUUCGCCAAGGGAAGACGUCAGAGGCUCAGAGCUACGUCAGCGCCACCGUCUUCUUCAGUGACAUCGUAGGCUUCACGCAGCUGUCCAGCAGCAGUACUCCAUACCAAGUGGUGGACUUCCUCAACAAGCUCUACACCACCUUCGACGACAUCAUUGACAACUACGACGUCUACAAGGUGGAAACCAUUGGAGACGCCUACAUGGUGGUGUCGGGUGUCCCCCGAGAGAACGGCAUCCUUCACGCCUCCGAGAUCGCCAGCAUGGCGUUGGACCUGGUGGACGUGUGCCGCACUUUUCGGAUCCCCCACAAGCCCAACAUGCAGCUGCAGAUCCGCGCCGGGAUCCACUCGGGCCCAGUGGUGGCAGGCGUGGUCGGGACUAAGAUGCCUCGCUACUGUCUGUUUGGCGACACGGUAAACACGGCUUCUCGUAUGGAGUCCACCAGCCUGGCACUGAAGAUCCAGUGCAGCGCCAGUGUCUUUUACCUGCUGGAGGAGAUCGGCGGCUACGUGCUGGUUUGCCGAGGAACGCUGCAGGUCAAGGGGAAGGGUGACAUGGUGACGUAUUGGCUGGACGGGAAGACCUCUAAGGAAUUGGAGAGCAAGAGCGUCCCUGCAGAGAUGGCCAAAGAGCGAGAACUGGGGUCGUCCCUGCCAGGCCAGCUCGAUGUGAGGGACCUUUGAACCACCUGUCAAUCAUGGGGCAAAGUCUUGGUCCUCUUUUCCAGCAGCCAAUGAGCUGCGACCCUGCCGGCGUAGAUGACGUAUG